AUGCAACGGCCUGGCGACAUUCCACUACGCGGCAUCCACAUCAACAUUAGCUCCGAUCCGUUUCAGCAUCGAAUACCACCGUACUUACAACGAGCAUGGCAAGAGAGUCGUCUUUCACACUUGCAAGCACGUCUUGUGAAGCGUUACAAACGAGCGACACCCAUCGAGUUGUUUGCAUUGUCAGUGACCAUCUUUCUCGGCGGCAUGUACUUGCUUGUGCACGUUGGAUUCUUCAGUGGACGCAAAUUCCAAGAUUGGCGCUAUGAUCAUACCAGUGGGAGUUUAGGUGGACCUUGGCAGCAAGACGUACAACUCCUUGAUCGACUGUAUCCUGAUGAUGGGCUUGGAUUGACGACUGCCGUGCUCUUAUUUGAACCCCAGGAUGAAUGGUCUGUCAAAGAAGAUGCUGAAAAACAAUUAGCACCAUUGUUGAAGGAUCUAUGCGACCACCCUAUCAUGCAUCGCAUCUUGAUAUGGAACAACAACCCCAUCGUCAACUUGACGCACGACCACUUGUCAUCCUGCAAUAAGGUGGAUAUCCACAACUCCUAUAGCAACAUGCAUCAGGCAGCACGAUAUCUUGGAUGCAGCAUUGUCACUACGCCUUAUUGCUACUUUCAAGAUCAUCCUGGUUCAAGACAUUUACGAAGCUUAUAUGCCAACUUUUUACGACAUCCCCAUUUGAUCCACAGCGAAUCACAUGAUGUUGAUGCAUAUGCACAGGCACGUUGGCGUUGGUGCUUUUUCAAUGAUGAUGUGCACAUGCAUACAUGUCACCAACAUCAAGGUUAUGGCACAUUCGUAUCACGAGACAAUGUUCUCAGGUUCAUUGAUUUGAUGGAGCUGGAUCCAAUCGACGUCAUGCAAUCGGAUAUGUAUUUCACUACCUUCAUGAAUCAAGUCCCGUAUCAGCUUGAAGGAACCGCCGCUGUAUUUCCGGAAUUCAAUGAUGAAGAGGAUCGCGAAGGAAGGCUGAUUGAAAACGAGAAUAAUCCAAACUUGACGGCUGCUGGAAGGAACCAUGUGCACAACAGUAUAGUGAUGUUAUACAAGCAUCUAUUGCGCCGCACCAAUGUAUUUGCCACGGAACAAGUAUACCCAGGAUUGAAUGAGCAGGAUGCAAGAACCCCAUGUCGCAACGAUCGAUGUCUAUUCUUGACAAACAUACCAGCACUUCCAGAUCCACGUCUAUUCAAGUACAAUCCCAGCAUCAAUCUCAACCAGUGGGAGGAUAUGCAUGAGAGCUAUUAUAAUUCACGUGGACACUAUGCCGAAUUUCCUUAUGGAAACGCCGUGGAUUAUGAUGAUACUACUGCUUGGAAGGCUCAAAAGAAUAUCACUGCAGGGGAUUACAUUGGGCUCGAUCUAUUAAUGCCAAUGCGGAUACCGCUCAAAUUUCGCUUUCUCGCACGACAUCCAUUAUCCUAUCGAGACACAUUGAAUAUCCAAAUAUCGUUUGAUGGACAGCAUUGGAUGAAAGUUCCCGUUGGAUCAGAGGUUGAUUGCAGUGCUUUUGCUGAUGGUACAAUGAUAGAAUGCAGGUUCAGUAUUAGCGAGACUGGAUAUCGUUUUGUUCGACUACAAAGUACAGCCGAUCAGGACUAUGCAUAUGAGAUCCACGAUUUGUCAUUCACGGUGCGAGCACGACAAGAUAUCGAUGGGCAUUUACUCCUGGAUGAUGAUAUUGUAGGAUAA